GGCUAACCCCGCGAAGAUGAAUGCUCGACAUCAGAUCUGCGGUCAAAGAUGAAAAAGUCGCUUCUUCUAGUAUUUAUCCAUGGCUUCAAGGGAGACGAUGAUACAUUUGGGAGUUUCCCCGAACGUCUAAAGGCAGUGGUGGGCCGUUGCUUGCCCAAUGUGCAAGUCGCCACCGCCGUGUAUCCUCGGUAUGAUACUCGCGGCGAGCUGAAAGAAUGUGUGGCCAAUUUUCGGGAGUGGUUACAGAACCAGGUUAUUGACUUGGAGGUUGAGAAUCAGACCCCGUCGCCUACGGUCGAUCCUUCCGUUCAUGUCUUCCUGAUCGGCCACUCGAUGGGUGGAAUUGUUGCUGCGGAAUCGUUGAUUUUGUUGGCUUCGGAGCAGCCGAUACCCCCGAAAUCCACCACAGGCCCAGAGGAGGAUACAGGGAAAGGCCGUGCCUCUCCUGUUGUCGAACCCGGCUCGUUUAUGUUCCCUCAUAUUCAAGGCGUGCUGGCUUUUGAUACUCCCUUUCUGGGCAUAGCGCCAGGUGUUAUAUCGUACGGAGCUGAAGGACAUUACAAGAACGCCUCGUCUGCGUACAACGCAGUCUCCGAGGUAGCAGGAUUAUUUGGAUUCGGCGGCAACAACGCGUCGUCUACCAAGGGGGCCACCACUCAGGAGGUCCGAUCGAAACAGCAAAGUCCUGCAGCGACCAACAGCCCGGAGCCAUCUACAGAUGCCGCCGCAACACCUUCUUGGCAGCGGUGGGGUCGGUACGCCAUGUUUGCGGGAGCUGCAGGCGCAGUUGCUGCAGGCGGCGCGGCAGCUAUCUACUCCCAAAGACACAAUAUCACCAGCGGAUGGGGCUGGAUCUCGUCGCAUCUCGAAUUUGUUGGAUGUCUGACACGGUCCGCCGAGAUGCGCCAGCGUUUGGACCGCUUGGCCGAGGUCCAGAGGGAUCGGGGCAUCGGCAGCAUCAAUUACUAUACGUGCCUGGGCAAGAAUGCAUCUGCGUUGGUCGAGAACACCGGUCCCGGACAGACCUCAUUUAGUCAAAAGAUCAUACGGUCAAAACACCGCACAUUCUGCACCCUGCCGGUAAACGUAGAGGGCCGGGACCUGCCUGUGCAAGAGGGUCCAGGUCUCGGAUGGGUCCGAGCGGUGAACGAUAAUGCAAGCGACGAAGUCAAGGCGCACAUUAGCAUGUUCCUGCCCAAGCAGAACCCUGCCUUUUUGGAUCUCGUUGGCGAUGCGUCCAAAUGGCUCGUGAAGUCCGUCGACAAGAGCUGGUACUCCUCCGCUACGGUUGAUGAGCGUGCUCCACGGACCGACAACAGCAAGGGUUCGGACGACACUGAUAACGGAUUCAUGGACGGAGACGAUGUGGUGGUUGUGGAUUAGAUUCUUGGCUUGAGAAGGAUAAAAACACGGGUAAAGGGGCCCAAGACGAGGGAGUGAAAAAUCAUGUUGAACCAUUUCAAAGGUACUGCAGGUCUAGCCUCUGGCCGAACAACACAAUUCGUCUAAGUCACCGCAAACAGAUGCUAAGGAUCCUGUGGGAUGUGAGGGAGUGAUUGACCAAUUCCUGUCAAUUCAGGGAUUAGCAUUCCGUUCUAAGCCACAAAAGCCAUGCGGUAUCGGCAGGGAUGCAGCAAUUUCUCAACCCCUCGUCGAUCGUUCCAUGCCUUCCGAGGUUCCAAAUUUCGCCCUAUCGCGGAGUGACACCUUGUGGGUUAGUGGACUUAGUACGCUGUCAAAGGUCCGACCACCGAUACGUGAAUGAUUGCAGGUGGGGUCAGUUUCACUCCUGUCCUGCCUGCGUCCCGGUCGAGCGCGUGAGCCGACUGGUCCUUGCACCGAAGAUGGUUAUGUUAUGGCAUGAUAUGAUACGCCGGAGUGGUCUGACGCUUUGGUACUAUAAAAUGGAGCUUAUUUAGGUACCUUGGGUAGAUAGGUACGUCGACCAGGAAGGGAAUCCCAAUAGAACAACAACCUUUGAAAUCUUUAUUACAAUUCAUUUACUGGGGAGAUAUUAAUAUGAACUUAUCUAUUCUGCAUA